GCACGUUGAAUUACCGGCCCAUUUGCCUUCGUCGUCCUGCGCAUUACACAUUUUGGUGACAGAGGUGGGAUCAUGCUGCCCAAAUCUAACUCUGAUGAUGUUUUUGAACCCCCUGUAAUAAGGCCAGACGAGAAAUCUUUUGGUGUCCAGCCUCCACCCACUCCUCCAGAACGAUUCACUGUUGGUACCGACCUGGAAACUUGGAAAUGGAGAAUGGACCUUUAUCUGAGUGCUGUCCCUCCGUCUAAACGCGGACCUUACAUUCUUUCUCACUUGGACCCCAGAGUCCAAGAAGUCUUAAUGUCAUCAAGUUUUUCAGUCAGUUCCUCAGUCGAGGACAUUUGGGAAAAGUUGCGUUCUUUGUUCGGCGGCGGGGUUUCUCACCCUGGGGCAAAGCAUCAGUUUUGGUCCAGGUCCCAACUGGUAGGAGAGUCGUUGGACAACUACGUAACUGAUCUACGCUGUUUAGCCGUACGUGCUUUCGGCAAUCUGUCGGUCACCGUCCGUGAGUCCUUUGUCCUUGAGCGUUUAGUCCAAGGGGUUAUUGAUGAAGAAACCUGCGAAGCCUACGCCCGGGAACCACCCAAUUCCGUCGAGGAGGCCGUCGCUAUCGGCCACAAAUACGAGGCAGCGGCAUUAGUGAGACAAUAUAGGCGGUCCAAUGAUAACUUGGUGAGUCGUUCACAGAUGACAUCGAAC